GUGUGUAUGUUGCUGCUACUUCCUGGAACUUGAGCACCUGACCUGAUCUUCCUCGACCCGGAGCAACAGCUCACCUCUCGGCGACUCCACGCGACGCACGGAUGGCCGGUCCCGGUGGCCGGCGAGGCGGUCGAGGCCGCGGUCCUGGGCGCCCCCGGGGCCGGGGAAGGGGCCGCCGCGGUGGAGCAGCAAGGGCCCCACGGUCACCGUCACCUGCAUCCUCCUCGUCUUCGCAUGAGGAACGCUGCUUCGAGUUCCUCCUCCGCAUCGACGACGACCCACUCGGCAUCAAGAGGCUACCGGACAAGUUCGCCGAGUUCGUCGACGGCGUCGAGCCGGCGCACUUGCAGCUACGGGAGGCUAGCUGCAACUUCUGCCGCUGGUCCGUGGAGGUCCUGUUCGACGGGCAGGGCAAGAUGUACCUGCACACGGGGUGGGACAAGUUCGCCCGUGACCUCCACCUCGAGCCCGGCUGCCAGCUCACCUUCCUGUACGAGGGGGACGGCGAGAUGAUCGUCAAGGUGUUCGACGACACCGCCUGCCGUGUGCACUACCCCCACACCGGCGAAUCCGGCUCGGACACCGAUAGUUAGGACUUAGAGUGUUGUCAACUCUAUCUUCGUUGCUUCGUGUUGUUUGAAUUCUAUAUUAAAUUGUAUGAAGCUACGAUGUUAGGUAUGAUGAUGUUAUGUCCAAAUAUCAAUCUCUUGUGCAUCCUACCUUGCCUCGCUGACACCAUCCCGGGAUGUUCAUAUUUGU